AUGUCGCUGCACCUGCUCGACCUCCCCGCCGAAGUCCUCCUCGCAUGCCUGGGCCACCUCCCGCUCGGCGACAUCCUGUCCCUGCUGGCGCUGCACAACCGGAGUCUGAGCACGCUCAUCUAUGAGGCGCCGGCGAUCCAGUUCCGCAUGGAGCAGGCCGCGCACGCAGCGGUUGAGACGCCGUACGGGCGGGGUGCGGCCGCCCCGCUUUUCGCCCGGCGGCAGGCGCUGCGCGACAGGGAGGACCGCUGGCGGGCGUUUUCCCCGGUCGACCGCUGGGAAGUGGCGGUGCGCGACAUGGGCCUGUAUGACGUGGGCGAGGACUGCUAUGCGCUGGCGUACAACGACGACCCACAGAGGGAGACGGGCCUGUUCGACCGCAUGGAGUAUAUGUUCCUGGAUGACCGGGGGAGAUGGCGCGCGCCGGAGGACAUCACGCUGCCUGUUGUCGACUUGUGCGUGGUGUCGGAGCGGGAUCUCAUGGUGGUGGUCACAUUUGCUGCUAGUGCGGAUAUGUGUGCCCUCGCAGUGCACCUCAGGCAGUUGUCGACCGGCGCAGUGCAAGACGGGCUGCCCCGCAAGAUCGAUGUCACGACGGUCCCGGAGCGGUACGGCGUGCCGGACAUCCGGGUCGAGGCCGCCGGCGCCACGCUCGCGCUUGCCUGCUGCUUCAUGAACAGCGACGAACUGGACGGCGAGCACGACAAAUUGCACGUUGUCCACUGGCCCUCCGGGCACGCCAUCGCCGCGGUCCCGUGUGAAGUGCCGAGCUUCGUCUUCUUGCAGGACACCCUCAUCCUCGCGCCGAACCCGCUAGCGCACACUCUUGAUGUCCUCGCGGUGGGCGCCGAAACCGCCUCCUGGGUGCUUGCGUUCCGCCUCCCGUGGCUGCGAGUGGGCCAACGCAUCUUCUGGGAGACAUUUGCCUGCCGCGGCGCGCCUAACCCGCACAGCUCGCCCAGCCUCGCGGAUGAUCCUCGUUUCUCCGCCGUCAAAACACGCACCGCGUUCCGGCCAGAUCCGGAGCAGUCCCUCCUCGUCCUCAUGUUCGCCACGGGGCCGACCGACCAGCCUACGCCGGAGCCGGCCCGGACCGUCGUCGUCGUCGACCGGGCCGGCCUCGCGCAGUGCUUCCAGAGGGCGUACGAGCGGGCCGAUCUCAGCGAGGGCGCCCCGCUGGAGGAAGUGCCGUUCGAGGUCUGGGCCCCGCAGGCGGCCGUGUGGCUCGACGCCUCGGGCAUGGGCCUUUCGGGAUACGCCGCGACUGGCGUCGGCACACGCUUCGCGGCACUGUCGGGGAUCUCGGAGGCGGAUCCGGAGUCGAAGCACGUGCGCGUGCUUGACUUCAGCGCGGCCAGUGUGGAGCACGUGCGGGCACAGCUUGGGGAGCGAGGCGCCAAUGCGGACACCUGCAUCGUGAGCGAGCACGCGACGGUUCGGCUUGUGAAGCCUGACUUUGAUCUGCCGAUGCACGACGCGUUUGCGGACGUCCUCGUCUCUGCGCUGCCCUACGUCGAUAUCGUCUCGCGGGAGGCGGUGGACUGGGAGAGUGUCCAUCUCAGCAACGCGUGUAUCAUCGGGGAGAAGGGCUCGGUGGAUGGCGGGAGGGUGCUCGAUAUAUUGCACUUUGGAUGA